CACUGUUUGCACCCAAAUUCCGGAUCCUCCUCUCCCUCCCUCCCUCCCGCAUUCAUUAUCCACAAUCUUUUAUUCUUUUUUCCCUUCUUCUUCAUCGUUUCCUCAUUCGUACUAAUUGCUCCUCACGCGGCUUUCCUUCUGGGAAAUCACCGCGAAACUUCGCACGAUCUGACGACGAAGGGAAUGUCUCUUUUUUAAAGACUUUCUCUCCUUCGCAUUGGAGGAGGAUCAAUUUCCCAGAGAAGAAAAAAAAGAGAUUUUUUUAUAUGUAUGUGUUGCAAGAAAAGUUGACAUUGCAAGGCUGAAUUUGGGGUAGGAGGAGAAGAUGGAGAGCUAUUUGAAUGAGAAUUUCGGGGGUGUGAAGGCCAAGAACUCGUCGGACGAGGCGCUGCAGCGGUGGCGGAGCCUCUGCGGCGUCGUGAAGAACCCAAAGCGGCGCUUCCGCUUCACCGCCAACCUCUCCAAGCGCUAUGAGGCUGCUGCCAUGCGCCGUACGAAUCAGGAGAAAUUGAGGAUUGCUGUUCUUGUUUCCAAGGCUGCGUUUCAGUUCAUACAGGGGGUGAAACCGAGUGAUUACGUUGUACCCAAGGAGGCUGAGGCAGCAGGAUAUCAAAUUUGUGCAGAAGAAUUGGGAUCUGUGGUGGAAGGGCAUGAUCUGAAGAAACUGAAAUUCCAUGGUGGGGUGGAGGGUAUUGCUGGAAAGCUCAGGACCUCUGUUGACAAUGGCCUCACUGCAGACCAGGAAGCCCUUAACCACAGACAAGAGCUUUUUGGGAUCAACAAGUUCCAAGAAAAUGAACCAAAGAGCUUUUGGGUUUUCGUAUGGGAAGCCCUUCAGGACAUGACUCUCAUGAUCCUGGGAGUGUGUGCACUUGUUUCCCUAAUUGUUGGGUUAGCAACUGAGGGAUGGCCCAAAGGGGCCCACGACGGGCUCGGAAUUGUCGCCAGUAUCUUGUUGGUCGUGUUUGUCACUGCAACCAGUGACUACCGCCAGUCUUUGCAGUUCAGGGACUUGGACAAGGAAAAGAAGAAGAUAUCCAUUCAGGUCACUAGGGAUGGAUAUAGACAGAAGAUGUCAAUAUACGAACUCGUUCCCGGUGACAUUGUCCAUCUGGCUAUUGGUGAUCAAGUCCCUGCAGAUGGGCUGUUCCUCUCUGGCUUCUCCGUGUCAAUCGACGAGUCAAGCUUGACAGGUGAGAGCGAGCCGGUCAUGGUCAGUGCUGAAAACCCCUUCCUCUUGUCUGGGACCAAAGUCCAGGACGGAUCAUGCAAGAUGUUGGUCACCACGGUUGGGAUGAGGACACAAUGGGGAAAGCUCAUGGCAACCCUCAGCGAAGGGGGAGACGAUGAGACUCCGUUGCAGGUCAAACUGAAUGGGGUGGCCACGAUCAUAGGAAAGAUUGGUCUUUUUUUCGCUGUGGUGACGUUUUCAGUGUUGAUACAGAAAAUGUACGUCCGAAAGCUCCACGACGGGACCCACUGGAGCUGGGGCGGUGAAGACGCGCUGGAACUGCUCGAAUACUUUGCAGUGGCUGUCACCAUAGUGGUGGUUGCUGUUCCUGAGGGACUACCUUUGGCAGUCACACUAAGCCUGGCUUUCGCCAUGAAACAGAUGAUGAAUGACAAGGCGCUUGUGCGGAACUUGGCUGCGUGCGAGACAAUGGGGUCCGCCACGACAAUCUGCAGUGACAAAACAGGCACCCUGACCACCAACCGAAUGACGGUUGUGAAGACUUGCAUAUGCAUGAAUGUUAAGGACUUAACUACUCCAAGUGCUGCAACCGAAUUGCGAACUCAGCUCCCAGACAAUGUGCUCAAAACACUUCUCCAGUCCAUAUUCAACAACACCGGAGGCGAAGUGGUGGCUUCCAAAACUGGGAAACGUGAAAUGUUGGGAACGCCGACUGAGACUGCCAUACUUAAGUUUGGGUUGGAUCUUGGUGGGGAUUUCCAGGCAGAAAGAAAGGCUUCCAAACUUGUAAAGGUGGAACCUUUUAACUCUACCAAGAAAAGAAUGAGUGUGGUAUUAGAACUUCCUGGAGAAGGGGGUUUGCGUGCCCAUACUAAGGGUGCUUCAGAGAUUAUUUUGGCUGCCUGUGACAAAGUGAUCAAUUCUGAUGGUUCGGUUGUUCCACUGGAUGAAGAGAUGUGUAAACACUUGAAUGCCACUAUAAAUCAGUUUGCCAAUGAAGCCCUUAGAACGUUAUGCCUUGCAUAUCUUGAUUUGGAAAAUGGAUUCUCCCCUAAUGAUGAUAUCCCACUGUCUGGGUAUACAUGUGUUGGAAUUGUAGGAAUUAAGGAUCCGGUUCGGCCAGGAGUCAGGGAGUCAGUUGCUCUGUGUCAUUCGGCUGGUGUAACUGUUAGGAUGGUUACUGGGGAUAACAUCAAUACUGCAAAAGCUAUAGCCAGGGAAUGUGGAAUUUUAACUGAUGAUGGCAUUGCCAUAGAAGGUCCCGUUUUUAGGGAGAUGAGCCCUGAGGAAAUGCACAAGAUAAUUCCUAAAAUUCAGGUGAUGGCUCGAUCUUCGCCACUCGACAAGCACACAUUGGUAAAGCAAUUGAGAACAACAUUUCAAGAAGUUGUGGCAGUAACUGGUGAUGGAACCAAUGAUGCUCCUGCACUUCAUGAAGCUGAUAUUGGGCUUGCAAUGGGCAUUGCUGGGACUGAGGUUGCCAAAGAGAGUGCCGAUGUCAUUAUUCUAGACGACAAUUUCUCAACAAUCGUGACAGUAGCUAAAUGGGGACGCUCUGUAUACAUAAACAUUCAGAAAUUUGUCCAGUUCCAAUUGACUGUUAAUGUGGUUGCUUUGAUUGUCAACUUCUCCUCAGCUUGUUUAACUGGUAGUGCUCCCUUGACUGCCGUGCAACUUCUGUGGGUGAAUAUGAUAAUGGAUACAUUGGGAGCACUUGCCCUUGCAACUGAACCCCCUACUGAUGAGCUGAUGAAGAGAGCACCAGUUGGAAGGACUGGAAAUUUCAUCACAAAUAUAAUGUGGAGGAAUAUCUUGGGUCAAUCUUUGUAUCAGUUCAUAGUCAUCUGGUUUCUUCAGGCUUGUGGAAAAUGCAUAUUCCGUCUUGAUGGCCCCAAUGCUGACUUGACUCUCAACACUCUCAUUUUCAACUCAUUUGUCUUCUGUCAGCUCUUCAAUGAGGUGAACUCGAGAGAGAUGGAGAAAAUAGAUGUGCUUGAAGGCAUACUGAACAAUUAUGUGUUUGUGGCGGUCAUCAGCGUCACAGUCCUCUUCCAAAUUAUAAUCAUUGAAUAUUUAGGGACAUUUGCCAACACAACACCCCUCAGCUUCUGCCAGUGGUUCCUUAGUGUAUUCUUUGGUUUCUUGAGCAUGCCAAUUGCAGUGUACCUGAAGAAGAUUCCAGUAUGAAGUUCCCUGGGAGUGUCCUGUGCAGAAUAUCUAAUCUUGGUGGGAGAUGCAUUUAGCAGUUACAAAGCGCUCCAAAAUUUUUACCCUGAAAAAAAUCAACUGUGGAUGCAUAUUUGGCAUGACUUUGAGAUCCCACUUCUUUUUUCAGUAGUUCCAAUAUGGCUUCCAAUGUAGUUUUGUUGAGAGCCAAGAAUUUCUACUUUAGUUUGUAGGCUUCCAUAGUACUGUAGUAGUUUUUCUUUCCAAUUGACUUGAGGCUUGAAUAUUAAGCAGUUAAGCUAAAAUUGCUUCAAACCUGUUACUUCUCUUAGUUUAGGACUGGUUGGU